UGGCUCCAAAAGCUCCUACCUUCAGCUCUCCGCUCUACCUAAGUGUCCUCUUACCAGUACCAGCAAUUGUUUGUUUUUCGUACAUGAUGGACAAUGAGAAUUUGACGCAAUCACGAGCCCCAGCCCGCUCGCGCAUCCCCGCCGCUGGGCUCAGAGAAAUGAGCUCGGCUAAUACAAACUCGCGGUCAGGUAUCUUGCCGCCCGGCUCGAUUGCCAGCAAGACGUCGGCUUCCUCGCAAACGACCCGACCGAGGAGUACCACACAAGGCGCCGAGACCAGCAGAACUGGAACAACGGUCGCAUCAGGAAAACCCCAUACUCGUACGAACUCCUAUGCAUCUUCCACCUUAACUAGAUCCGCAUCUACGUCACGGACAACCAAAACGCCUUCCACCGUCGGUUCGAAUGCACGGCCCCAAUCGGCCUUAUCACGGCCUCACCCCUCACUUGCCGGCGCGCGAAGGCCCAAUGGUCAUACGAUUGUCCGGCCGGCAACAUCGUUGGAUACCCAUUACGAGGAAGAUUCAAGCGUUUUGGGGAAGAGAAAGGGUAGGCGACCAUCUCACUUUGAUCCCCCUGUUUUUACAAAUCCCGCGGACCCAAUGUUCUCAGCACGCACCUAUGAACGCGUCCCACAGGACAGGUCGGGAGCUCAUUUACUUUCUACCUAUGAUCGAGAAGGGCUGUCGAAACCUGACUGUCGUGAGUUGUUCUUGAGAAAUGCCAUGGAUCAGUUAGCCAUUGGCCCAUCUUCCAUUAGGGCGCUGGACCCAAAGACUUUUGCAAUGCAUGAGUCGCUCAUUCCCCUUGGCUUAUGCACCCCUCCCACACCUACCCCAAUACGCAAGCCCUCAUCCCCCUCCAAGCACUCCUCCAAAAGAAAAUUACCCCCUGUGCCGCAGUUUCUCACGAAAAAUUCCACGAUCACCUCUUUUAACUAUUCUACAGGCGCGGAAUGGGACCAAGAAACACGCGAGAAGACGAUGGAGGAGUUCUUCAACGCCUUUGUUUCUCGCGUUAGUCAAGCUGGGCAGGAGAGCUUCGGGCUGAAAGAAACCGUGGAGCUGUAUAAAUCCAGAGUGAACGAGCUUGAGCUUUCUCGGAAAGAUCUCACCGAGGCGAACCUGGCCUUACGCGUCGAAGUCGAGUCCAUGAAAGCCCGCAUCGGAACAGCGGAGGGCGCCUUGAAGGAUGCCCAGAGAGAACAUGAGAUCACAAUGGAUGAGUUGAACUCCCGUCAAAAGCUCGAGGUGGAGAAUGUGAGACAUGACAGCAGGAAGGAACUAGAAACGCUGAUCGCGCAGCACGAAGACGAUCUCUGCAAACUGAAACGGCGGUUUGAGCGUGAACUAGACGACGAAAAGGCCGCGCGACUUCGUGAAAUCAAUCAACUCACAUCGCAGACUGCAUUGGACACGCAACAUUCUAAGAUGGAGCUGGAUAGAAAAGAUAGAGAGAUCUCCUCAUUGCAGAACGAUCUGCAAAUCCUGCGACAGGAAAUCGAACGGGAACGGAAGAGCACCCAGGCUCUCCGACACAACCUGGACACAGCAAGCAGCAAUAGCGUGACUUUGGAGUCGUCCGUCCGCGCGCUGAAGGCAAGAAUUGAGUUCCUGGAAUCUGGUCGUGAGGAGCAAUCUCAAGCAUUUGAGCGGUUGAACCAGCAGAUGAUGGAUGCCCUGGCCGAGACCAAUGCCACCAAGGACAAGCUGCGAAAGGAGGAGACCCUUCGACGGAAGCUACACAACCAGGUUCAGGAGCUCAAGGGUAACAUCCGUGUCUUCUGCCGUGUCCGGCCCUCAUUGGAGACGGAGCCAAAGACGGAGGUGGCCCAGAUUCAAUACCCCGAUGAGUCGGAUGAAUCCAAGGAGAUCAACAUUUUGGGCCCCGAAGAGAAGAGCAGCCUGGGCGCCAUUACAAGGAAGAACAACAACUUCGCCUUUGACCGAGUAUUUGGCCCGUCGACACAAAAUGGCGAGGUGUUCGAUGAGAUCAGUCAGCUCGUCCAAAGUGCACUCGAUGGCUAUAAUGUGUGCAUUUUCUGCUAUGGACAGACAGGUAGUGGUAAGACCCACACCAUGUCUUCGCUGGAUGGUAUGAUCCCACGGGCUGUGCACCAAAUCUACGAGACUGCCACGAGCCUUGAGGAGAAGGGUUGGAGAUAUACCAUGGAGGGCAACUUCGUCGAAGUUUACAACGAAAACCUGAACGAUCUCCUGGGCAAGGCGGAAGAACUGGACAAGAAGAAGCACGAGAUCCGGCACGACAUGCAACGGGGAAAGACCACAAUUACCGAUAUCACUACUGUCCGCUUGGAUUCACCUCAAAUGGUCGAGACUAUCCUCAAGCGCGCUGCGGCAAAUCGCUCUGUCGCCGCUACAAAGGCCAACGAAAGAUCGUCCCGGUCUCACUCUGUCUUCAUCCUGAAAUUGAUCGGCGAGAACGACAUCACGGGCGAGCGCAGUGAGGGAACGCUCAAUCUCGUGGACUUGGCGGGCAGUGAGCGUCUCAGCCACAGCGGUGCCACAGGAGAGAGAUUGCGGGAGACACAGAAUAUCAACCGCAGUUUGAGCUGUCUGGGCGACGUGAUUUCUGCUUUGGGACAAGGCAAGGAUGGCGGACACAUCCCAUAUCGCAAUAGCAAGCUUACCUACCUCCUUCAAUUCUCCCUGGGAGGAAACUCGAAGACGCUGAUGUUCGUCAUGGUCAGUCCGCUGCAGGCACACCUGGCCGAGACCUUGACUAGUCUCAAGUUUGCCACGAAGGUACAUAACACCCACAUCGGGACAGCCAAGCGACAGGCGCGCGUUCGUGAUUCUUAAAUGAUACCUUGGAUUGUGAUUGGCGUUUGAUAUCCCUGUCUUUAAAGCCGGUGUUUGGAGUUCAUCGUUGGAGAUACACCACUUUUUUCUCAUGUCUUUUCAGGAAUACUGUUUUAUGUACGAGACUUGCUUAGUUCUCUUAAUUUCAACAACACGGUUUUACUUGUGACUUGCUCUCAGUCGACAGGUACAGCUCGAUUCCAUGGAUAAAAUCAAGUAGACUCACCACCCAGUAACC